UCUCUCUCUCUCUCUCUCUCUCUCUUUGAUGAUGGAGAUCCUGGAAGAAGUUGAACUUUGCUUCCCACAACUCCUCAAUGCCUCCUGUAAGAAGCCAAUGCGUACUCCCUUUGAGUUCAUGCUGUCUUACAUUAUACUGUCCUCCAUCACUGUGAUCACCACAACUCUCAACCUGUUGAUCAUCAUCUCCAUCUCCCACUUCAAGCAGCUCUACACCCCCUCCAACCUCCUCCUCCUCUCUCUGGCUGUCUCAGAUUUCUUCGUGGGCCUCCUCAUUUUCUUUCAAAUUAUACUCAUAGACGGCUGCUGGUUCCUCGGUGACAUCAUGUGUACUCUGUAUUAUCUUUUGGAUUAUACCAUUACUUCUGCAUCAAUAGGAACCAUGGUGCUCAUAUCUAUUGACCGCUAUGUUGCUAUUUGUGAUCCUAUGCAUUACUCCACUAAAGUCACAGAAAAAAGAGUUCAAGUUAGUAUUUGUCUGUGUUGGAUAUGUUGUGUAAUUUUUCAAAUUCUGAUUCUGAGGGAUAACUUUAAACAACCAGGCAGGUAUAACUCCUGCUCUGGGGAGUGUGUAGUUGUCAGUGAUUACAUAACAGGAUUUGUUGAUCUGGUUGUGUCCUUUAUUAUACCUGUUACUGUCAUCAUAGUUCUGUAUAUGAGAGUGUUUGUGGUGGCUGUGUCUCAGGCUCGUGCCAUGCGGUCUCAUACUGCAUCUGUCACACUUCAGGGUUCAGUGAAAGUUACUGCUAAGAAAUCUGAAAUGAAAGCAGCCAGGACUCUCGGUGUUGUUAUAGUUGUUUUUCUAAUAUGUCUCUGCCCAUACUUCUGUGUUGCUUAUACAGGCGAUAACUUGCUCAAUGCUUCAAACGAUGCCUUUGUAAUGUGUCUUUUCUAUUUAAACUCCUGUCUAAAUCCUCUGAUUUAUGCCUUUUUCUACCCCUGGUUUAGAAAAUGUCUUAAAGUCAUUGUAACACUUCAGAUACUGCGGCCUGGCUCCAGUGAGACCAACAUACUAUAGAGAGAGAGAGAGAGAGGCUGGAGUAACUAAAGCUUCUUUUGCUAUGGAAAAAUUAACAUACACGUCCAUAUUGCAAUGCCUUAAAUAAUGUUGGUGUGCUUAAAGUAAAAACAUGCUAGUUUUUGCAUAUAUUGAAUGCACGUUUAUCAUUCAUUUACAAAAGGAGAAAAGGACACAGCAUGGUGGUGCUUCUUAGGGGACUCUUCCGUCAAAUGCACAGAAAUGUAAUAAGUU